AUGGCUCCCCAAAGCCGAUUAAACGGACAAGAGCUAAUUGACUUGGCCUGGGAGCAACAAUCGUUCAAACCGGAAGGAUUUGCUGCCACCGUCAUAAAUGUUCAAAUCGCAUUUCUAGUCCUCACCACCAUACUUAUAGGACUCCGAAUAUGGGCUCGAGGAUGGAUUUUCCGCGAUUUGAAGAUCUGGGGAUGGGACGACACUCUUGCGCUCCUUAGCUAUGGCACUUAUAUGCCAUCUGGUAUAUUUACCAUAUUGGCCUGCCAAUACGGGCUCGCGACUCCGGAUGCCCAGUUGACGGAUGGCCUGAAAGCUAGAGCUGCCCUUUACUUGGGCUACUGGCAAAUGCACUAUGCCUGCUCGUCGAAUUUGGUCAAGGCCGGUAUUGCGGUUGCUUUGUUGCGUCUGACGACAACCAAAAAGCUAUUCCGAAUUAUAAUUUUGGGCAUUCUAAUCUGCACGCCCAUAUUUACAGCCACCGUUCUCGUCGUUCUGAUCGCCACCUGCCACCCCUUGGGAGCUCAGUGGGACUUGGCUUUGGGUUCUUGCAAAGUUCACACCGUCAUGGCUUACCUCAGCUACAUCUUCACCGCCUUCACAGUAAUCCUAGACUGGGCCUGCGCUGUGAUUCCUUAUCUUCUCCUGAAGGACCUCGAGAUGCGACGGCAUAUCAAGAUAUCUCUUAUAGUUGUCUUGGCCUUUGGAAGUUUGGCGGGGGUCUGUGCCAUCGUUAGACUCCCGUAUCUGAAGUAUUAUCUCAUAGAGGAGGAUCAACUACUCUACUUUGCAAACAUCGUAAUUUGGUCUAACGUCGAGAACGGCAUCGGAAUCAUCGCCGCGGCAUUGCCACCCAUACGUAAAUUGUUCAGGUAUUACGGAACUACCAAGGACCGAACGUCUUCCGCCGACAGGGCAGGGGCACUCCAGACCAUAGGGGGCACGCCAUUGUCUAAGAGUAAUGUGUCAACUCAGUUGAGGAACCUGAGUCCAAGGAAUACAAGGAGUACUAAGCGGUCGGAAUUCGGCAUCGAGGGGAGCGGAUCUUGGAACAGGCUUGACGGUGAUAGCUCGAGCAAGGAAAACAUAAUAGUGCUUUGA